AUGAUGCUUUACAGGGUUAUGGAUCUUAUAGUUCGGGAGGACACAUUCAAAUUGUUCACGAGCAGAACUGGGUCUGGGAUAUUUGAGAGGCUUGAGGAGGCGCCUAGAAUGGAGACGAUGGAAGAUCUAGAAGAAAGAAUCAAGGGAUACUUCAAGGAAAUUCUGGGGGCAUCGCCGUCUGAUUCCCUCUACUUCAAUGAGGCAUUUCGAAUGCUCAACUUUGUCGAAAGGAUAUUUAAGGAGCUUAGGGAUCUCAACGAGUCUGCAAUGGAGCGAAGCAUAAGAAGCCCAAUGGACGACGUGAUUCGGUUAUAUUCCGAAUCUCUGAGCAAGUUUGUUGAGGACCUUGACAUCCCUGUGCUGCAAGAGCAUGUGAGAUUUAUUAUAUCCUAG